AUGGAAGCUGAUCAAGAAGAGGAGUUGCUCCAAACUCUCCCUAGAGAGAGAAACUGGUAUGGCACUUCUUAUCUCUGCCAUUUCCAAGGCUUUUGGUGUCCAUCAUGGGCAAUUCACGGUGUGAUCUCCUUCCAAAAACACUUCCAAGCACGCGACACCGAUCUAAUCCUAACCAGUGUCCCCAAAUCAGGCACCACUUGGUCCAAGGCCCUCGCGUUCGCCAUCGUGAACCGCACUCGUUAUGGUCUGGAAGACAACCCUUUGCUCACUGUCAAUCCUCAUGAACUCGUACCCUUCAUGGAGUUGAAUCUCUAUGUGAACAAAAAUCGCCUCCCAAACCUGGAGGACAGAAGUGACCCUAGAAUUCUUUCAACCCACCUACCAUAUCCAUCACUACCAGUUUCUAUCAUAGACUCGGGUUGUCGCGUUGUGUACGUGUGUCGAAACCCUUUUGAUCAGCUCAUCUCCCACUGGCAUUUCUCACUCAAACGUGCCCAAGAAGAUGUGGAUCCACCACUUCCUUUAGAAGAAUGUUUCGACUUGUAUUGCAAGGGAGUUCACAGUUUUGGACCCUUUUGGGACCAUGUUUUAGGGUAUUGGAAGGCGAGUUUGGAGAAACCAAACAAGGUGUUAUUCUUGAAAUAUGAGGACUUGAAAGAGGAUGUUAACUUCGGUCAGCUGCUUAAGCUGGCCAAGUUCUUGGGCUUCCCUUUUUCGGCGGAGGAAGAGAGAGAUGGUGUGAUAGAACAAAUAUCGAGCUUGUGUAGUUUUGAAAAUCUUAAGGAUCUGCAGGUUAACAAGACCGGAGAAUUGGCUGGAGGGUUUAAAAAAAGUUCACAUUUUAGGAAAGGCGUGGUCGGAGAUUGGGCCAAUUAUCUAACUCCUUCCAUGGUCAAACGUUUGAAGGAUCUGGUGGAAGAGAAGUUGGCUGGUUCUGGCUUAAGUUUCAAGGCUUUCUGA